UUCGGUUCAUUUUUUUCCCCUCUCUUUUUCUUCAAUUUAUCCACUUGCCCUCCAGAGGAUUUACCCUCCUUACUGUCCAGGCCAUUUUUUGUGCAUGUUCCAGUACAGGUCUGUGCAGGAAAAAUGCAGCCUGUUCUUCUUUUUUUUCUGAAACCAAAACACACUGCAAGCACUGAUGUGAACUAUGACAUUGACAACCAUAUAACCUACUUUCUGUGCGUUUUGGAUGCCGAAAAAAAAGCAACUGAAGCGCAUGUAGUGUGAACUGGCCCUGAAUGCUAAGUCUAAGCUCACA